GUCCGGCCUCAGACGUGCGGUGAUUGGCUGGACAGGUCGCCGUGACCCCGCCCACACUGGUUGGGUUGAACGGAAAUGGACCCGAUAAGUGUAUUACAAACAUGAAUUCCCCCGAUACAGUGCAUAUCUUACGGUUUUUAAGUGCAUCACUUCAGACAGAACUCUGGAGUUCGAGGUACAGUACCCGGGACCAGAGAUACAAUAAGAUCCAACACUCUCGUCCAGAGGCCCACCACCGUGGGGCAUCCCCACCACACAUGAAACAUUGUACUCCUCUGGUUAUAGCCUCUGAAACACAGUGGUGAGCACUCCGGAAAGACAGCGUGGAGUCUCGUGGGAACCAUGAACAUCCUCCCGGCCCCAGGACCAUCUAUCCUUCCAGCCCCAGGACCAACCAUCCUCCCGGCCCCAGGACCGACCAUCUUCCUGGCCCCAGGACCAUCUUCCCGGCCCCAGGAGCAUCCAUCCUCCUGGCUCCAGGACCAUCUUCCCGGCCCCCUGCAGAAGGACAUUGAAAAGCAGCUCAGCUUAAUUAAGAGAGAUGCAAAGGGUCAGCAGCUGUUUGACCUACUCUGCCACCACUUAAAUCUGCUGGAGAAAGAUUACUUUGGAAUCCGAUAUGUAGAUCCCGACAAGCAGAGACACUGGCUGGAGUUUACUAAAGGGAUUGCCAAACAGAUGAGAGCUCGCCCUCCCUUUAUCCUCUGCUUUCGGGUGAAGUUCUAUCCUCCAGAUCCAGCAGCUCUAAAGGAAGAAAUCACCAGGUAUCUGGUAUUCCUACAAGUAAAGAGGGAUUUAUACCAUGGGCGAUUGCUAUGUAAGACCUCCGAUGCUGCUUUGCUUGCAGCAUACAUACUACAGGCUGAAAUUGGGGAUUAUGACCCAGGGAAACAUCCAGAGGGUUAUAGCUCCAAGUUCCAAUUCCUCCCCAAACACUCUGAAAAGCUGGAACGACGGAUUUCGGAGAUUCAUCGGCAUGAACUCAGUGGCCUGUUGCCUGCUCAAGCAGAGCUGUGCUUUCUGAGGAAAGCUCAAAGUCUGGAGACAUAUGGCGUGGACCCUCAUCCGUGUAAGGAUGUCUCUGGGAACUCUGCAUUUUUGGCCUUUACUCCUUUCGGCUUUAUCGUGUUGCAGGGAAAUAAGAGGGUUCACUUUAUAAAAUGGAGUGAUGCCACAAAAAUGAAAUUUGAAGGAAAAACUUUUCAUUUAUAUGUGAGAGAGAAGGAGGAAAAACGCUUGGUGCUGACAUUCUUAGCACCUACUCCAGAGGCCUGCAAGCAUCUGUGGAAAUGUGGAGUGGAGAACCAGUCUUUCUACAAACUUGAGAACUCCAACCAGGUCCGCACGGUUUCCAGUAGUAAUUUGUUCUUCAAAGGGAGCCGCUUUCGAUACAGUGGUCGAGUUGCUAAAGAAGUAAUGGAAUCAAGUGCCAAAAUCAAAAGGGAGCCUCCUGAAAUUCACAGAGCAGGGAUGGUGCCAAGUCGUAGUUGUCCAUCAAUUAGCCAUGGACUGAGGUUAAGCAGUGUUCCCCGGACACGGAGACGUGCUGUUCACAUAUCAAUCAUGGAGGGUCUGGAAUCUCUCCGGGACAGCACCCACUCUACUCCAAUUCGUUAUUCUGACAGCAUUGAUGCUUUAUCUCCUUGCACAUCUCGGGAGACUGUGAUCAGCGAUGAGGCAUACACUCCUUGUUCCAGCAUCCUUCCUACUCCUGUGUGUGAAUCCAGCCUUGAGUUAUCCUUUGGGCAGCAGGGGAAUGGAGCAACCUGCACAACUCAGGAUGAGGAGAGUGACCUAGUCGCACCCAGCAUUCCUGACCUGGAGAUACCACCACCAGCUUUACCUGGGCUAGAGCAAGCAAGUCCUAGGGAACCUGAACCUGAACAGGCAAAUAAGUUUCUACAAAGUGUUCUGCGGCUGCUCGCAGUCACUCUGUGUCUUCUGUUGGCAUUACUGUUGUUGCUGGUUAUAUUGGCAGAGUCCGAUCUGGAGUUAGCAUUUUUGAGGGACAUUAGGUUGACACCUGAAUUCCAGCAGUUCCAUUAUCAAUACUUCUGCCCUUUGCGCCGAUGGGUAUCAUGCAAACUACACCCUCUCAUUCGCCUCAUUGACUCUUGAUGUUAUGUGCUGUGGCCCUCAUUGACUGUGAGAAGUGAUGUCUUCCAGUGUCCUCCCCUUCUCGUCCCUGUCUUGUCUCACAAACCCUUCUUAGUACAAAGGUUGUCAAAAUUACCCUUUGCUUUGGGUUGUACAGUGUGAAUGGGUGUAUGAAGAUGAGAGAGGUGGAGGGUACCCAGAGACAUUGCAUGGGGGUUGUGUAGCCACUUUAAGCUCUGUAAUGUCACACUCAUGAAUCCUAUAUAUGGGUUCAGCAGGAUUAUGUUUCAUCAAGCUCAGAAAACAGACUAGAGAUUCUACAUCUACAUUCAAGCCUCCUGCGUCAACACACAGCCCAUGCAUAGGCAAGGAUUGGACGCUUGAUAGCAGAUAUAUGGCAAGCUGUCAAACAUGUAUUGUUUACUUACAAUAUCCAACAUGACCUGAGUGGCUCCUCUAUAGAUACAAGAGUCAAGAAUAGGAACAUUGGGAGAUUUUCUAAGCAAUACUUGCCAGAAUUCUGGUUAAAAUGUUUCCAUAAAACUGGCAAACUAAAUUUAUGUUUUAUACAUAGCUAAGAGGCGUCUUAAAAUGUGCCAGAUAUUAAUGAUGUGCGCCAUUAUCCUGGCACUAAAAUUUGGUGUAAACUGAGCCAGGCAAGAGCUGCUGUAAGAUAAAUAGUCCAUCUCCUAAUCUCAUAUCCUAGGAAAGUAGAUAACUAGAUGACCAGUGGUGUCCUGACUGCUGGGACUCCCACCAAUCAAGAAAAUGGAAGUCAAUUGUUUGCUGAGUGAAUGGAGUUAUAGCGUGCAUGCUCAGCCACAACUCUUUUCACUGUCUACAGGACUUUAUUGGUCAGCAGUGUAUGGAAAUCCCAUUAAGAACGAUGGCUGAGCACACAUGCUGGGGGCUAUUGACCUCCACUCUCAUGAUCUGUUGGGGCCCACCCCAUUAAGGCUAGUGUAACAGUUGUUUAUGGUCACUUUGGCUAGAUGGCUUCAUCACUGCUGUCAGAUGCGCACAUAAAAACCUUAAAGCAAAGUAACUCAAGUCAAGCAGGUAGCCAGAAAUGUACUAGUUGACCACUGGUUCGGUAUGGUUUAUUUUUUCUUAGUACUGUUUCCUGAUCACAGAGUAUCAGCUUCCAUUGUGUAUACCCAGGUACAUUCAGUUCUAGCAAAAGACUGAUUUGGCAUAAAAACUUUUGCCUUGUUAGUAGUAACUGUGUGGCAGCACAUAUUACAGAUUUAUUUACACCACAUCUUACAUAUUCUUAUGCUGUGCUGCUUCAGCUACGUUAUUUAAAUUAUGGGUCCAAUAAAUGGUCACUAAAUAGCAUGCAGCUGUUACUGUUUCCACUACCCCAUAUGGAACAUUCUCACUGCUGACCAGGCUUAUUAUAUUAGUUUGCUAUGACAUCUAGAGGCUAAGUGUAGGUACUACACCCAAAACAAUAUUCCCUGCAGUUAAAGGGGUUAUUCAGAAUUUCUUCCAAAAAUAGCAUCACAUCUGUCAUCAGGUUGGGUAUUGCAGCUUGGUUUCAUUGAAGUGAAUGGAGUCAAGUUGUAACACCACACGCCACCUGAACACAGGGGUGUUGCUGUUUGUGGAAGAAAUUAGCUUUGUUUUUCCAUUCUUAGAUAACCCUUUUAAAUUGUUGUACUGUACAGAUUAACAUUUUUUUAUGUUACUAGUUCUGUAAGCUUAUCUUCAAAUGCAUUAUAAAUAAUGCCAGCCAUUGACUUUAUGGCUAUAUUAUACGAGAAUAAUGAAAGCUGUUUGGCUGCCAUUUGAACACUCUGGUUGGAAGCUUGCUUUAAAAUGUAUAUGAUGUCUUUUUGGGUUGAUUCACACUUUAUGGACUUGUUGCACUUAAAGCUAUGAUUUUUGCAUUUGGGUGCAACUUUAGAAAUAUCUAUGGACAUUUAUCAACGGCUUUAGUCAGGUUUUCUUUACUAUAAUUGUCGCAAAAUUGUCGCAACUGCGACUACGCGAUUUUUCAUGCGACAUUUUGACUGGAAAGCGAGAAAAGCAAGUUUUCCAAAAAUUAACUACGUAGUAAAAAAUUUAAAAUGGACUACGGGUAGUCAGGUAUUUAUUAACUGCGACAGUCGCAACUGCGCAAAAAAAAGUCGCAACAGCGUUAAAAAUUGACUAAAUUUACUCCAGCUCAAACAUGGAGCAGAAAAAGCUACUACCAAAGUAAAAAAGAAAAAAAUUAUCAACAGGCUGAAACCAGUUGAUAAAUAAGUCACACAUAAGCAAAAAAAAAAGUAAGGAAAAAAUUACUAAAAAAAAGAAUACAUAAGCAAACAUUGAUAAAUGUCCCUCAUCAUGGCAAAACCUGUAAGAUAACCAUGACUCAUGAAUAUACCCAAAAGGCUCAAUUUACAAUAGCAUUAGGAUACAUUAUUAUGCUGUGGAAAGAAUCCAUAGCAGGACCCUGUAAAAUCACCAUAUCCACGUAUAGGUUUUGCCACAGAUCUGACCCAUUAUAGUACAGAGUGUACAAUAUGCUGCAAUUUAUAUGGGAAAUUGGCAAAAGACAAGGCAUGCCACAAAUUUUAUUAAUUUAGAAACAGUCAAUUGCCUUCAAUUAUUCUGUACAUUUAGUGGAGAUUUAAGACUAUUCUGCAAUGUGUGGACAUGCCCUUAUAAAGCUCUCCUUUUGUGGAUGUUCACACAUACUAUCUAUGCUGCACAUUUUAUGCUUUGUUUAGCUAUUUAUAUUGAUUUAGGGCAUGUUCCCACGUACUGCUUCAGAUUUUAUGCUGUGUUGAGCUAUUGAUUUAUGUUGAUUUCCACGGCAUAGAAUUUGCAGCAUAAAAUCAGCAGCCUGUACUGUGUGCGUGAACUUGCCCUUAGGUUGGUAUUGCACACUGUGAGGUUUUUAUUUAUUUAUUUAUUUUUUGGUUUUUUUUAAGUGCCAGUGCAGUUUUUGAUUCACUUUUUUGAGCCAAAAGCAGAAGUGAAUUCGGUAUAUGUCUUUAAUUUAUACUUCACAUUUUUUUUUAUACCCUUGGUGUUGGCUCUAAAAGCUAAAUGAAAAACUGCCACAAAACGCUGUGUGUAAAACCAGCUUAUGUUUUAUCUCAUCAGAAAUAAGAUAUGAGAUUCCCUCUUCUGGUAAAGAACCUGACCCUAUAACAGGAACUGCCACUCACCUAAACAUGACUUCCAGAAACCCAAAAUUACAGUUAAAUCAUAUACCAUAUAGUUCUGCACAUUUCUACAUUUUCGCACCACAUUAUCUAGUGUAUUCUCAUUGGUGGAUGGAUAUAUUGUAGCCAAGGCUGCUAACACAGUUUUUCCUUUAUAGUCCUGGUAGGGUGACAAUAAACCUUACAUCACACAGAAUCCUAGUAGAUAUAGCAUCCUGUUUUAUAGGUUGCAAUAUGGAGACUGACCAGAGCGGGGCUGCAGAUGAAUUUUCACAUCAUAGGUAUGAGCUAUAUGAUAAUGUACAAGAAAGUGAUAGUAAACUGUAGAUGAGCGGAAAGUCCAAAGAGCGAAAGAGAAAGUGAAAGCUCCACUUUAUUACAAGUUGUAUUAAGUUGGUGAAAGGCUAUGUAUAGUGAUGUCUGUGCAUUAGUAGAAGGUGAGAUCUGUUUAGCCAGUUGUUUGUAUAUAUGGAGAAGAUGAGAGCUCUGUGUCCUUAUGUCUGUGUAUUAGGAGGUGGGAGCUCUGUGUCCUGAUGUCUGUGUAUUAGGAGGUGAUAGCUCUGUGUCCUGAUGUCUGUGUUUUUUUUUUUAGAGGAGGUGAGAGUUCUGUGUCCUGAUGUCUGUGUAUUAGAAGGAGGUACGAGUUCUAUGUCCUGAAGUCCUUGUAUUUGGAGAAGAUGUAUUAGGAGAAGAUGUAUGUAUAUUAGGAGGAGCCGAGAGCUCUAUGGGGGGAGAUUUAUCAAAAUCUGUGUAGAGGAAGAGAGGUGCAGUUGCCCAUAUAAACCAAUCGGAUCGCUUCUUUCACUUUUCAGAGGCCUCUUUAACCCCUUAACGACGCAGGACGUAUAUUUACGUCCUGCGCCGGCUCACAUUGAGUCGGUCCCGGCGCUCAUCAACGGCCGGGACCCGCGGCUAAUACCACACAUCGCUGAUCGCGGCAAUGUGUGGUAUUAACCCUUUAGAAGCGGCAGUAAAAGCUGACCGCCGCUACGAAAGUGAAAGUAUCCCGGCUAGUCAGUCGGGCGGUUCGGGACCGCCGUGGCGUCCCGAACAGCUUACAGGACACCGGGAGGGCCCUUACCUGCCUCCUCGGUGUCCGAUCGACGAAUGACUGCUCCGUGCCUGAGAUCCAGGCAGGAGCAGUCAAGCGCCGAUAAUACUGAUCACAGGCGUGUUAAUACACGCCAGUGAUCAGCAUAGGGAGAUCAGUGUGUGCAGUGUUAUAGGUCCUUAUGGGACCUAUAACACUGCAAAAAAAAAGUUUAAAAAAAGUGUUAAUAAAGGUCAUUUAACCCCUUCCCUAAUAAAAGUUUCCCAUAAAAAAAAAUAAAACAGUGUAAAUAAAAUAAAAAAUAAACAUAUGUGGUAUCGCCGCGUGUGUAAAUGUCUGAACUAUAAAAAUAUAUCAUUAAUUAAACCGCACGGUCAAUGGCGUACGCGCAAAAAAAUUCCAAAGUCCAAAAAAAGCAUAUUUUGGUCACUUUUUUUAUACCAUUAAAAAAUGAAUAAAAAGUGAUCAAAAAGUCCGAUCAAAACAAAAAUUGUACCGUUAAAACUUCAGAUCACGACGCAAAAAAUCAGCCCUCAUACCGCCCUGUACAUGGAAAAAUAAAAAAGUUAUAGGGGUCAGAAGAUUACAUUUUUAAACGUAUAAAUUUUACUGCAUGUAGUUAUGAUUUUUUCCAGAAGUACGACAAUAUCCAACCUAUAUAAGUAGGGUAUCAUUUUAACCGUAUGGACCUACAGAAUAAUGAUAAGGUGUCAUUUUUACCGAAAUAUGCACUGCGUAGAAACGGAAGCCCCCAAAAUUUACAAAAUGGCAUUUUUUCUUCGAUUUAGUCGCACAAUGAUUUUUUUUUCCCUUUCACCGUGAAUUUUUGGGUAAAAUGACUAAUGUCACUGGAAAGUAGAAUUGGUGACACAAAAAAUAAGACAUAAUAUGGAUUUUUAGGUGGAAAAUUGAGAGGGUUAUGAUUUUUAAAAGGUAAGGAGGAAAAAACGAAAGUGCAAAAACGGAAACACCCUGAGUCCUUAAGGGGUUAAAAAUUAAAGAAGCAAUCUGAUUGGUUGCUAUGGGCAACUGCACUACUCUUCCUCUACACAGGUUUUGAUAAAUCUCCCUCUAUGUCCUGAUGUCUGUGUUUUAGGAGCAGAUAAGAGUUGUCUUGGUAUCAGUGGAUGAGGAUAAUGGGAGAGCUCUAUGUUUUGAUGUCAGUGUAUGAGGAUAAUUGGAGAGCUCUAUGUCCUGAUGUCUGUGUAUUAGGAGGAGAUACGAGCUGUCUUGGUGUCAGUGUAUGAGGAUAAUGGGAGAGCUCUAUGUCUUGGUGUCAGUGUAUAAGGAUAAUGGGAGAGCUCUAUGUCUUGAUGUCAGUGUAUGAGGAUAAUGGGAGAGCUCUAUGUCUUGAUGUCAGUGUAUGAGGAUUAGGGGAAAGCUCUAUGUCUUGAUGUCAGUGUAUGAGGAUUAGGUGAGAGCUCUAUGUCUUGAUGUCAGUGUAUGAGGAUUAGGGGAAAGCUCUAUGUCUUGAUGUCAGUGUAUGAGGAUUAGGUGAGAGCUCUAUGUCUUGAUGUCAGUGUAUGAGGAUUAGGUGAGAGCUCUAUGUCUUGAUGUCAGUGUAUGAGGAUUAGAGGAGAGCUCUAUGUCUUGAUGUCAGUGAAUGAGGAUUAGGGGAGAGCUCUAUGUCUUGGUCAAUGUGUAUGUUCUUCAUUAAAGAAGGUAAAUAGCUGUAUGCACCUGGUGAAUGAUGGCUGCAUAUCAGAGUAUAUUCUGUGUCUGUCCCUGCCAUGUGUUCUGACAUUACUGAUUCUGGUCCUAAGGAAUGUCCCAAUGUGCUGCAUUAGAACUGGGAUUCCAAGGACUAGAAAUAUUCUGAUGUGUCAUGUACAGUGGUCAUAUCUAUGGCCAGGCUGGAGAACUAUUGUGUAUAGAUGAACAUUAACCCAUUUAGUGUCCGUGCACACACCCAGGGUCUGUCCAUACUGGAAUGACUGCUGUAUUGUUUUUCCCCACACCCCUAGUUGUCAUGUUGUGCUUUGUAGCUAAAAGUCUUCAUUAAUGGACCUUCUACCCAUUCCCCGCAGAAGUGGGGAAUCUAUCUGCCUCCAAACAUAUUAUUGUACCUUACUUUUGUAUCGCAGAGACUGUUUCAAGGUUAUAUUUUAAGAAAAUAGUAUUAUUUUGUUAUCAAAAUUACCUUUACUUUUUUUAAUUGCUUUUUAGAGUUUGUUUUGUUGGAGUGCUAUGUGUAAAAAUAAAAAAGGAAAAGCAGAAUUGUAGUGAGUUAUAGUCACAGAGCAACUUUACAGAAAACAAAAAGCCCAGCAAGCCCGGAAACUAAAGAACUUCAAAAUGCACAAGGCAAGAGAAGACCCAUGGGAUGGGUUAUUAUGGUUAAUACUGCCUUCACAAUGAUACUCAUACAGCAUAGUUCCUGCAUUCUAGCAGUUUGGAGAUUUUUAUCCGCUAUACUGAUGAUUCCCCCAUCACUUCACAGGUGCCAGCUGGUCAAUACAGUCAACUGCUAAGCUCUGUCCCAUGUUUAUUUAUUUCAUGAUUUUCGAACCAUGUUAUCACUGGUGAGCUAUAUGGUGGUAAUUAUUGGAAACAUUUAUGACUGGGGAGAAGACAGCUUAUCCACUAUGCUCAUAAUAGGUGUUAAGUGUAUGAUUGCAGGGGGUACAACCAUGGAAGCAUAUAGGAGAUCCCAGGGGGUUCGCAGCAGUCGUACCCCCUAUAAUCAGACACUUUUAGGGAAUAAGUUGGGUUCCCCGGAAUACGAGUUAAUGGGGUACUCCGGUGGAAGACUUUUUUUGCCAGAAAGUUAAACAGAUUUGUAAAUUAAUUACUUCUAUUUAAAAAUCUUAAUCCUUCCAGUACUUAUUAGCAGCUGUAUGCUACAGAGGAAAUUCUUUUCUUUUUA